UGCAGCACGUAAUGUACUCCGACGAAGAACAGGGAUUUAGACCGCGGUCGAUUUGAUCUGAAACAGUCACGUAUUCGCAUUUUCUUUGACUAACGUUACAUUUCUCGACUCUCUCGCAUGAUCGUUUCUAUCCAGUUCUUAUUUCUGAUUGAUGUGAAUUUUUCUAUUUAAAUAGCGUUGAAUUUACAGGUAGUUUCCUGUUAGUAAAAAAAUGUCUAGCUACCGCUAACUGCACAAUUUUACUGCAAAUUUGAAAAGCUUAGCGUUACCACCAGCAUCCAGCCCAAGCCUUUCAGCAUCACUUCCCCGUCACUGACCACCAGCACUGCAGAAGACAUGACGGUAACUCAGACAGCUUCGUCCUUCUGUCAGUGAACGAGUCUGACACUCAUCUCCUCUGUGUUGAUUGUUCAUCUUGACGAAAUGAAUUUCUUGCGUAAUCGUCUUGUUGUUCUGGGCCUGGUGUUGCUGGCCACGUUACUGCUAUACCUGCUGCUGCCGUCCAUUCGCCAGGGCAGCAUGGAGCCAUCUCUUGAAAGUCAAAGAAUGGGGCUGAUGACCACCCCUCCUCCUCCGCUUCCAACCAUCAACGUGUCCAUUCGCACCGGACAGCUGCCCGGGGACCCUCCGCUGUUCUUCAGAGAAGCUUUACCUGUUGAUGGAGCUGGACGACAAAUAUUGCCCAGGCUGCAAGUGGUCCUUCUGCAUGGCCAGGCCUUCACAUCCAAAACAUGGGAAGAACUCGGCACAAUGGCCCUUCUGGCAACUAAUGGAUAUCAGGCCUUAGCGAUGGACCUGCCAGGGUAUGGAAAAUCGCCAGACUCAGAGGCUCUGAAGACGGACCAGAAUCGGGUGGACCUCCUUUCGAGGUUCAUGGAGUCUUUGGGUGUCAGGGCAGCCGUGCUUUUGAGCCCCUCCAUGAGUGGACAUUACUCCAUCCCCUUCCUCAUGAAGAACAGCGCUCAGCUACAUGGCUUUAUCCCCAUAGCACCAGUUGGUACCCGAAGUUACACUCCACAGCAAUACCAAAAUAUUCAGACUCCCACUCUGAUUGUGUUUGGAGCCCUGGACACAAAUCUGGGUGCCCAGUCCCACAAGAACCUCAUACAACUUCCACAUCACUUUGUGCUGAAGUUGGAAGGAGCUCGCCAUGCCUGCUACAUGGACAAACCCAGAGAAUUUCACCAAGGGUUGAUCGACUUCCUCAGCAAACUCAAGUGAGAUGUUUGGCGGAGGAAGAGAGGUGGAAAUAAAAGAAAGAAAAGCAAAAAGACAGAGGAACACUAGCCAUCUAAUCAGUGGUUUAGUAUGGUGACAAUUUUGCAAAAAGGUACUAAGAUCAGCAUUAUUUUCAUAUUAUUAUCACCUGAAGCAAAGUAGGUUUUAAUACAUAAAAAAUGGCAUGUGUAAUCAUGUAGUGUGAGAUAACAAUACCAUAUUUCAGAUGUUUCCAUGAUAAAGUGUUUUUUUUUUUAAUUUACCGUAGUGUCACCCACAAAUAAGAGACUAGAUCACCUCAGCUUGUUUUACAAAUGCCUUCAGACGUGUUUAGUGGUGAGUCUUGUUUCAUGUGUUUCAUGUCUCUCUUUGCAUGUAAAAACAUGGAUCGUGUUUACAUCACUGUUACCAUUUUGUGGGUGACAUGUAGCUUACUGUAAAUAUGCAAAUGUAGCAGCUGUCUGUGUUUAAAUAGCUUCUGUUCACUCCACAUUUGAACAGAUUUGUAUAUGAUGUAAUAGCCAUUCCAGCUUCCAAGAAAAAAACAUGCUGUUCUCUACAAAAACAGAGUUGAUGCACAUUGUUACAAAAAUGUAUAAAAGAAUAUAGGCCAUAUAAAAUGCUAAAAAAAAUUAGCUCAUGUUUAUUUAUAUGAUGAUAAAGUUAUAUGUAAUAUAUUUGCAAUAAGUUUGGACAAUCAUGCAACAAACAAACUUAAAAUAAUAUAUAUGCAUAGCUUAAAAUAAAAGGAAAAAAUGUGUGUUUUGUAUAUUUCAGUUGCUAAAAUGGCAUGUUUUGGAAACUGAGGGUUAUUUCAUGUAUUUAUAUAACUUGCUGUGUGGAAGGUUGUUAUACUGCUGGAUUUUGCUCACUUUUGUGAAAGUUCUUGGAGAGUUUCUGAUGGGAACCACUUGCGUUUUUUUUUGCAAAUGUUGAAAAAUGACCUCCAGUUUGCUUGUUCUGAGAACCAAUACAUUUACUUAAGAGCUGUA